UAAUUAAAUUAUUAGCCAAAGAAGGGGCGAUUCUAAAGGGAAAAACUGCCAUGGACGAAUUUGCCUGCGGAGGAACAGGACUAUUAGCAAACACCGGAAUAAUUACUAAUCCUCACAAUUCUCAACAUAUUACCGGUGGUUCUUCUUCGGGUUCAGCAGUGGCAGUGGCAAAAGGGUUAGUUUCUUUCGCUUUGGGUAGUGAUACCGGAGGUUCAGUAAGACAGCCGGCGGCUUAUUGCGGUAUAGUUGGUCUUAAGCCCUCUUAUGGGCUAGUUUCUCGUUAUGGUCUUAUUCCUAUGUCUUCUUCCUUGGAUACAGUAGCGAUUUUAGCUGAUUCAGUGGCUACCACCAAAAAAGUCCUUUCAGUGAUCGCCCAACCUGAUCCAAACGACCUUUUAACCAUUGUCGCUAAGCAAAACAAAAUUAAGCCAGUUGUUUUUUCUUCAGCCAAAAAAAUAGCAGUUUUAAAAGGAAUAGAGAAAUUUCUGUCUCCUGAAUUUGCUAAAUUAUACCAAAAAACAAUUGAUAUUUUAAAAAAACAAAAUUAUCAAGUCAAAACUAUUGAAAUUCCUUCUGAAAUAAGAGAAAAUCUGCAACUUUGUUAUUUAAUUAUUUGUUCGAGCGAAUUGGUCA